AUGACUCUAUCUUCUCAACUUGUUCUUCUUCCCUUGCUCUUUUUUCUAUCAGCAAACCAAGUUCUUCCUCAAACCAGUAAUGGCAGAGUGAGCUUAGGAGAUUCCCUUUUCGCAACAGAGAACUCUUCCUCUUGGCUCUCUCAGAAUGGCGAGUUUGCUUUCGGCUUUCGCAAGCUUAGAAACCAAGACGAUAUCUUCUUCUUGCUAUGCAUAUGGUAUGUCAAGAAACCUGACAAAACCAUAAUUUGGUGUGCCAAUGGAGAUAAGCCGGCUGAAGCGAGAUCAAAUGUGGUGCUAACUCCUGAAAUAGGACUUGCUCUAACUACUCCUCUAGGCGAAGAGCUAUGGAAGUCUGAGUCAGUUGAUGAAAGUGUUGCCAAUGGUGUCAUGAGUGAUGAAGGAAACUUUGUCCUUGAAGGUUCCAAUUCAAACAAGUUAUGGGAAAGCUUUAAGAAUCCAACUGAUACUAUUUUGCCAAGCCAGGUAUUGGACAUGGGACAAGUCCUUUCAUCUCAUCAAUCACAGACUAACUAUUCCAAAGGAAGGUUCCAAUUUCGUUUGCGAGAAGAUGGGAAUGUUGUGCUCAACACAGUAAACUUGCCUUCUAACUAUGCCAAUGAGCCUUAUUAUGCAACUAACAUCUCUGGUGAAAGCUCUAAUCCAGUGAUUGCAACCACACAUAUAGUUUUCAAUGAAUCAGGUUACUUGUAUGUUUCCAGAGGGAAUGGUGAAAUAUUCAAUCUGACACAAGGAAGAGUUGUGUCAACAAGAGACUACUACGUUCGAGCAACAAUUAGUUUUAAUGGAAUUUUCACACAGUAUUUUCAUCCCAAAAUUUUUAGUAGCAAUGUGAGUUGGACACCUCUUUGGUCUAUACCAGAUAACAUAUGCAUUUCAACUGUUGUUUGGGCAGGUAUUGGAGUUUGUGGGUACAAUGCCAUUUGCAGCCUCAAGGAGGACAAGGGGCCAAAGUGUGAAUGCUUAGAAGGGUACUCUCUAAUCAAUCCUGAUGACAGUUAUGGAAGUUGUAAACCAGAUUUCAUUCAAGGCUGUAAGGAGGAUGAGAUAACUAGCUCUGGGAAAGAUGCAUAUGAUAUUGUGGAGCUCAGGAAUGCUGGUUGGCCCGGAUCAGAUUACAUUAGAAUAGCAUCUUCCACUAAAGAAACCUGCAAAAAAUCUUGUUUGAAUGACUGUUUAUGUGCUGUUGCUGUUCUGAGAGGAGGGACUUGUUGGAAGAAGAGUGAUCAAGAAAAACCAGAGCGGUUUGAUUCUAGUUACAUUGGGGAUAUUAAGUGCCUCUGUAUGUGUUAA